GCGGCGGAGAGACGGGGGGUGGCGGUGGUGUCGGCGGUGUCGGCACGCGUAGGAUUGUGGGCCGCCGGAGGAAAUAGAAGCGACGAAAAGGAGCAGCGACGGAGACGCUACCGGUCUGGUGCAUGCUGGGAUACUCGAGUAGUCCUUGACUUACAACAGUUCAUUUAGUGACCAUUCAAAGUUACAACAGCCCUAAAAAAGUGACUUGUGACCAUUUUUCAUACUUACAACCUUUGUAGCAGCCCCAUGGUCCUCUGAACAAGAUUUAGAUGCUUGGCAACUGACUCAUACUUAUGACCACUGCUGUCUCCUAAGGUCACGUGGUUACCUUUUGCGACAUUCUGGAUAUUAAUCAUCGCUUAUUCCUGGUGGAUUCGGGGCAUGGUUUCUGUUUUCAAAAGCUUGCCAAUCACUGGCAAAAACUGUUGGCGGCCCAAUUUUAGUUUCACGAGUGAAAUACCCUCUCUCAAAAUGACUCUCAAGGACCAUGGGCUACAUUUCUUCCGCAGUGCUGUGGAUACAGUCCUGCCGGGGCCGAUACUGAAAAGGGCCUUGGUGCUACAACCAGGUGGAUGCCCCAGACUUUUGCUACAUGGCCGUCCUUUUGAACUGAAGAAAAAUCUAUACCUGGUUGGCUUUGGAAAAGCUGUUCUGGGCAUGGCAGCAGUGGCUGAGGACAUCCUCGGAGGCUACCUCACUCAGGGAAUAAUCAGUGUUCCUCAAGGCAUCCAAGAAACUCUGCGACAUGCAGGAAUGAGGGAAAUGUUGCUGAAGCCACGCAGCCGAAUCCAAGUCCUGGAAGGCGCGAGAGACAACCUUCCUGAUAAAGAAGCUUUGGAGGCUGCCAGGGCCAUCUUGGAAUUAGCCAAGAGUCUCACAGCAGAUGACCUCCUCCUGGUACUAAUUUCAGGAGGUGGAUCUGCCCUUUUACCUGCACCUAUCCCUCCUGUUACCCUCGAAGACAAGGCCACCGUCGUCAGGUUACUUACUUCAAAAGGAGCCACCAUUCAAGAGCUGAAUACCAUUCGAAAGGCUCUCUCUUUGUCAAAAGGUGGGGGGCUGGCCCGGGUGGCUUAUCCUGCCCAGGUUUUGAGCCUCAUCCUCUCUGAUGUCAUUGGAGAUCCAUUGGACAUUAUAGCAAGUGGCCCGACUGUUGCCACUUCUCACAGCGUGCAGGACUGCUUUCAGAUACUGGCCAAAUAUGAUGUAUUGAAUACCUUGCCAAAGUCUGUGUUGACAAUCCUCUCUAGCUCUGUCACAAAGCACAGCACCCAGCAAGACUAUUCCCACGUCUGCAAUGUUGUGAUUGGAUCCAACAAGUUAGCUUUAGAGGGAGCCAAAUGCCAAGCAGAACAGUUGGGUUACCUGACUAUACUUUUGAGUGAUGCUGUGGGUGGGGAGGUCAGCACUGUUGCUCGUUUCUAUAGCCUAUUGAUUCAGUUUGUAUGCUUGAGCAUUAUAAAUGAUGCUGGAAAUAGACCUUUAAGAGACUCCAUGAAAGAAUCGCUCACAAGCAUUUCAGGACAGCUGGAGAUUCCAGUCUUGAGCCUGAUAGACUCUCUAAUAACAAUGAAAAAAACCCAUGGGGAAAACCCCAUUUGUCUUUUGGCAGGUGGAGAAACCACUGUGCAGAUUCAAGGAAGUGGGAAGGGUGGAAGGAACCAGGAACUGGCUCUGCGAGUGGCCUUGGAACUGCACAGAGCUAAAUCCACUAUGGAGGGAAGCUGUCUUAAUAAAUAUGAAGUCAUGUUUUUGAGUGGUGGAACUGAUGGACAAGAUGGGCCAACAGAGGCUGCUGGGGCCUUCUGCAGCCAGGAUCUGGUAGAGGAGGCCGAGCAGGAAGGCUUUGACGUGGGAAGCACGUUGAGCAAUAAUGAUUCAUAUACAUUUUUCUCCAAGUUCCAAAAUGGACAUCACCUUUUGAUGACAGGCCUGACAGGCACAAAUGUCAUGGAUAUUCAUGCUAUUUUAAUCAGAAGCCGAAGAUCUUAGUGAUGUCACAGACAUUGAGUUGUUUUGAUUACAAAGGAUUCUGUAGGCAACCUGAAUGGAAUAUCUCUGUCCAGGCUGUUGAUAACAAGGACCUAAUGGACGGUUACUGAUAGAUAAAGGAGGGUCACUUUGUUGUUUUAAUUAGAUCACGGAAACAGCUGUUUGAAACUAUCACAAUUAGUUUUUUAUAACAGCUUUCUUCGGUAGUAUGAAGAAUUCUUCUGGUCAUUCUGAAUGGUCCAGGCCGAAAAAGAGGAGCUAACAAAACUCCAUUUAGUCUUGAGGAUGCCAUUCAGAGAGCACUUUAAUUUUGUAAUCUUCUGUUGUCUCAGGUUGGCCCACACUAUUUUGUAACUGUACUCUUCUCAGAUGUUAAACAGGAGCUUGUCUCAUAUGGGGCUUGCUUCCCCCUGCUCCCCCAGCUUUCAUGCAUGUGAUGAUGGUAUCUUUUUUUCAGCCAUCUAGAAGUAUAUGGUGCAUGUCUGCAGAUAGGGGGGAGGAUUUGACUGUUCACCCAUGCAAGCAGGAACCGAGAUAGUGACCAAGUAGUGACCAAGGUACUUGGUCACUAAAGUGCUUGCUCACUUUGGAUUUUUCAUGCACAUGGGACAGUUUCCUGCCCCUCAGACUUCAUGGAGACAGAGACACAGUCGUAGGAGACAUGGCACUGGGAGGAAUGGUUUCAUAUGGAAGCAAUACCGUGCUAACCUUGUAACUCUUUUCCCCAUGGAUUUGCUGAAGCAGUUUCUGAAGCUAAUACAGUGUUGCUGAACUUUUUGUGUAUCACUGCAAAAUAAAGCAUUUUCUUCAAGAAUUGUUUAUUAUACCCUGCCACGGGACAUCUAACCUAAAUUCAUAUACUAGACAAUUUCCCCACCAUAACUGAAAAGUAAUAACAGAAAAAGCUUCAGAUCAGUGAUCUCAGGUUCGCAUUAGCUUUAUACUUCUGGUUUCCCAACAUGAAAAAUCAGCUUGUCAUUGUAUGUUAACUCAUCCUAGUGGAAACUGAGAGCUCCAAGUUUCCUUUGUUCAGCUGGAGAGUCCACAUCGAAUGAGGUUGGAACUCAGAAUCUAAUUUCCAUCAAAUCCAGGCAGGAUAUGCAUUUUUUAACACCUGCUCCAUUUCAGUAUUACCACCUGUUAUUGGGAGAAGAGUUUGAAAAAUGGGCUAGAUGCGCUGAAACUAAUGUAACCUUGACCUUGCUCACCUUUUGUAAUGGCUUUUUCUUGCUGAUUGAUAAUUUCAUGGGGGAUUGCAUUGUGCAGAAUGGAAGCUGCGAGCAUUUUAUGUAUCAGUUUACCAUUGACUGGAAAACAAUGGAGCCUCAGGUUUGUGACCUUUCUAACUAUAUCAAGCCAGAAGUCACUGUCGCUUUGAUUAACUCCUCUAAUCCCAGAGAACAAAGGCAAGAAAGACCCACACAGGCAACUCUUGCCAAAUUGCUGCAUUGAACAAUGCAGUCGACUAUUGGAGCAAAAUCACCAAGUUCAUCUGGUCACUUGGAUAAGCUGAACAAAACAUCGGUUUUUGAUCAUACAUGUAACGUAAUGAUUUUCACAAAAAUCACCUAUUGUGAUUCAUCUAAACUAACUGUUCCUGUUUCUGUUCAGCAAAAUGGGCGAAUUAGAAUACCAAUCCAUUUUUCAAUGAGGCAUGUGCUACUUUAAUGAGAAUAGUAAAUUGAGUAUUCCAUAAAUUAACCACAACUUAGUUUUUGUUACUAGAACAUUCUACCCUUAUUUUGCAAUAAAUUAAAAUGGUGCCCCUCUGGUACCUUUUUUAAAAAACACACACAGAAUGCAAUCUUAUGGUCCUUGGGAACCAUAGGCUUGAUCAUAUCUGCCCCCACUUAAGUAAAAAGGAGGAAAUCUAUAUUUGAUUCUAUUCUCCCACUGACACUACAUUGGUGUCUUCCUUAAUCAAAAUCCCUAAAUUUGGAAAAUACUCAAAGAUUUGCUGGACCCUAACUCUCCCCAGGUUUCCAUCAGAUUUCCAUCAAUAACAUUUAGAUAAACCAAAGAGAUAUUCCAUCUAGCUGGACGCAGAACUGGUAUAUUGCUGGUAUAUUAAGUGGUUGGAAAUCUGCUGCCAGCAUAUCUUUUUAUUUCACAUUAGUGCACAAUGUGAAAUGCUUAGAAAAAAACCUAAGCUUUUCUCCUUCAGCAUUACUAUAUCUAUAUAUCAUAUUUAAAAAUCUCCCUCACAGAGUGACUCUGGACAAUGUACAAAUUAGACGUAAAAACCUAAAAAGCUAUAUAUAAAUAUUAUAAUAGGUGGGAGUUAAACAAGAACAGGCUCAUUAAAAUUCAAAAUUAAAUUUAAAAGUGAGACGGGCCUUCAAGACACUAACCAGCCCCAUGGCUACAUGCUCCUCUGGGCACCAAACAUUUCGGCAGAGCCAGGUCUUCAGACAUUUCCAGAAGGCCAGAAUUGUAGGGGGCUGCCUCACCUUUGGGGAGCAGAAUGUUCCAAAGGCUGGGGCCAAAGGCAGAGAAGUCUGUCUACCUGGACCCCACCAGUUAAAAUAAAAAUAAUUCUGCAAAUGUUUGCUUGCUAUCUCCUGUUGAAACACCUAUUACCUAUAUGACCAUUUUUUAAAAACUGUAGUAAAUAAAUUAGAGAUUAUUGCAGUGAUUAUUGCAUGACUCAGAUGCCCUUUAGCUGAUCAUUUAGCUAUAAUAGAAACCAUGCAUCUGAGACUAGAGGCUGCUUAGCUUAGAAAACAGCCAUCUGGGAAACAGAUCCAUGUAAUCAGGCUUUGCUCACAAGUUGGUGGCUGAAAUCAUUUCCCAAAUAUUUGAGAGCUGUUCGUGAGCAAAUACCUCCCAUCUAGCUGGCAACAUUUAAAAGCUGAUCUGUCUCAUUCUUAAAUGUAAAUCACCCUCCACAAUUAAAUUAUGUAAUUUAAAAUCCAACAAGGUGUAGAAAACCUAUUAAAAAUGGAACAUAUUCCUUUGGACAUUUUGGUUUUUAAAGGCAGUCUAGAAAUAGUUGGAGGGUUAAUUAUUGUACCUUCUCUAAAUAUUACAUGCUUGUAUUUUGAUCAAGAGAUGUAAGAUUAAAGCAUCGACUUCUAACUUGUUAUUUACAAGAUAAUGCUAAAGCUAUAUCAUUAUUAAAAGGAUAAGCAAACUCA